AUGGAGAGACCGGUGAAGGAUGGGAUCCUGUAUGUGCAGCACUCCAAAUUUGGAAAGAGGUCCUGGAGGAAGAUGCGAGCCCAGCUCUUCGCCGCCAGCCCCUCUGGUGUGGCCCGCAUGGAGAAGUUCGACGUGCGGGACGAUGGCAUGGCGCUGGAGAAGAGCUCCCUGCGGCGGUGUGCCCGCCGGGUGAUCCGCCUCUCGGACUGCGUCUCUGUGGGCCCAGGUGCAAAGGAGACAGCACAGAGCAGUGCUAGGACCCAGCCCAGCCCCGCUGUCCCCAUGGAGGAGAACUCCCUCUAUUCCUCCUGGCAGGACCUGACUGAAUUCCCAGUGGUGGUUGUCCAGACGGAUGCGGCCACACGCUGCAGCUUGCACGGGCACUACCUCCUCUCGCCCCUUCCCCAGAGCCUGACGCUGAAGGACCCACAGUCCCGCCAGCCCCUGUUCACCUGGCCCUACCCCUUCCUCCGCAAGUUUGGCCAGGAUCAGCCCCUCACCCUGCCCUCUGGCACGGUCUUCUCCUUUGAGGCGGGCCGCCGCAGCGACUCCGGUGAGGGCACCUUCACCUUCAGCACCCCCCGGGCCCUGGAGCUCUGCCGGGCCGUGGCUGCUGCCAUCGCCUGCCAGCAGCAGGGCAAGGAUACCUCAGACGCCCGUCUCUUCUGUGUCACAGACCCCCAGCUCUCUGCACCGGGCCUCGAGUCUCAGUCCUGGGGCCCUGGGGCUGAGGAGCCUCAGCCCAGCCCACCCCUUGGGGGGGCACAGCCUGCCUCCCACGCCCCUGCCAGCCUCCUCCACUUCCCCCCGCCGGAGCCGGAGGCCACAGGCCCCAUCGUCUAUGCCUCCAUCGCCCGGGGCCAGCAGCACCUCUUCGCACCAGUGCAUCCGGGCUCCAGUGAGCCCUGGGCCCCGGGGAAGCUGCCUCCUGAGCAUCUCUAUGAGAACAUCUUCGCCACAGAGCCGGGUCCAGCUGGGGCGGAGGAGGAGGAGGAGGAGGAG